UUGCCUGCCUACCUACAUGUGUCAAGUUGGAGUAGAAGAAUUGUGUUGUAAUAGCGAGUCUAUAAAAGCUUUGACAUGUGAGCGCGAGCGUUUCAGUUUAACUUCAACACGUUUCAAAGCCCUGUCGUCCAGCCAUCCCGUCGUGCCUCGUGUCCACGUUCGCGUCCGGAUUUUCGCCGUCACCGCAUCUUAACGCCAGCUCAAAGAAACAAUUAAAGCAUAGCCGCCAAGCGGAAGGAAGUGCAUACCACAAGUGCUCUCCCCACUUAGCCUUGCAUGCCAGUCCAAUUGCAGAACAAAUUGUAACAAACUUUUAAGAAUCGACCCCCCAAGACCUAGUUUCCGUCGUGCCCCCAUGUUGGCUUCGCCCCGCCUUGUGUAAAAUGAAAACUGAAAAUUUGCUCAAGUACGGCGCUCCUUUGUACAACUUGAAAAGUACUCGCGCUCAUUCGCAAGCCCAACCGCAAGCUGUCGGCAACAGUCAUCCAAAUAGCUUCCCAUCUCUCCUGACCAACGAGAACUUGCGGCAUCUGACGCCGCCGAAUCGCGUCUCGGGAUAUUCCGACAAGGAGAGCAUCUGCAGCUUGAGCAGCGCAGGCGGACGAGUUAAAAGGCGAUCGAGAAAUUUCUCGAUGAAGUCCUCGAAGGGCAUUGGCAAGAAGAGCAAGACCAUGGACUAUACAAACUAUGCGUACAACGAGGCUGUGGGCCGCCUGAAGGUAAUGCUAGCCGACAACUCCUAUGUAGCCACGCCCAAGGGGCUGGGGAGUGCAUCGGCGUAUUUGCGCAACUUCAACGAGGACUCAGGCGAUAAUUUCUCGGACAACUUGUCGGUCAUCGAACGACCCGUUUUCUCGGACAUUUCCAAGUACUUGUCGCCCAGCCAGAAGUCACGCAUCAGCGCCUAUCGUCCGAAGAAGAGUUAUACCUCUGGCUAUCUCUCGGCUUCUAAGGAGAACCUAGCCACGACGCCAGCUCUCUAUCCAAGCAAUAUGCCUGUGCCCACUAUGCCCACGGACAGCGUGCAGGCGCCGGUCGAGAUCUUCAGCUUCAUAGAGAAGCAAGAGGAUUACAUUGAGCAGCUUGAAAAGGAGUCCAAGUACUGUCGCAGCGAGCUGACCAAUUUGCUGGGCAAGGUGAAGGAUGUCAUCAACGAGAAUGAGCAUCUGACUGAGAAUGCGCGUACGGAGCUGGCGGCCCUAGGCGGUGGCACCGCCAAGCCCCCACCCCAAGCGCUGCAGACCACCACAAGCCCCUCUUCGGACAGCGACGAGCACUUGCUCUAUGCUGGCCGCAAAACUCCAACCACGCCACGGAAGAGCAACUUGAAGCCGCAAUCGCCGCGCUACGCCAGUGCGCCCAACAUUGUCUACGAGGCACGCAUCAGCGAGCUGGAGGCAGAGCUGAUGCAGGCCAACAUCGAUCUGAAGCGCGUGAAGACCGAGAACGAGGAGCUUAAGCGCAAGCUGGCCCACACGGAUCCCCUCAGCGCUGUCGCCACCUUGGGCAGUGUCAACUGCGAGACGCAUCGCAAGCAGCUGGAGCUGCUGCAGCAGGACAAGACCGCCCUGGAGGAGUCUGUGCGCCAGCUGCAACGCAUGCUGGACGAGGCCAAGUCGCAGCACCACAACAGCGCCAGCUCCAAGCGCUACAUAACUGAUCUAGUGCAAAUGGAACGCUCCCAAGCGGAGCUCGAGGUGCGCCACCUACGAGACGAGCUGGACAGGCAGCAUGAGCGCGUGCGGGAAUUGCAGCAUGAGAUGGCUCGCCGCUUGGCAGAGGAGCGGGCCAGUGCGGAACGGCGUUAUAAUAGCCAGGUGGAUCAGCUGGGCGGCGAUCUGAGCAGUCAGUGGGAGCAGGUUGCCAAGCUGCAACUGGAGCUGGAGCGCCAGAAGCGCUACGAAGCCGAUCUCAAGCGAGAUGUGGCCAAUCGCAAUUCCCAAAUAGAGGAGCUCAAGAUGGAGCUGCGCGCCAAUCGUACCACUUUCCUGGCCGACAUGGCCCAGGCCAAUGCGGAGAAGCAAUCGUUGGAGCAGGACAUCACCUCGCUGCGCCUGCAGCUUGAUCGUGCGGCACGGGAAGCCAAGACGGAGGCAGCUCGUCUCACGGCGGAGAUAAACUCGCUGCGCCAGCGGCUGGAUCGCGGCGAUGCCGAUCUGCUGCACUCCAAACGCGAAGUUCUGCGCCUCAAUGACGAGAUCGCCAACUUGGAGAAGGAGCUGGCUUAUGGCGAGCUGAAGAACGAAAUUCGACCAACCAAAAAGGACUUGGACAAACGCAUUUCAGAGAUGCAGGAUAAGCAUGCGGAAACGGUAAAUGAGCUCGAAGAAAUGAUAACGUCUCAGAAGCAACUCAUGGAUAAAUUGACGGGCGAGUGUAAGACCUUAACCGGCAAAUUAGAGGAUACAACCUAUAAGCACAAAGAGGAAAUAUCUGCUUUACAAUCGAAUCUAGAGUAUUUGUCCAAUCGCAUGUUAAGCAAUGAAGAGCAUAUGAGUAAAUUAGAUACCACACCGCAUGAUUAUACUAGCUUAGGCGCAGGCAAAGCCGCAUAUGACUACCAGCCGUCCACAUAUGGCACAACAAUUGAACCCAUACAAAGCACCCCACAACUACACAACAACGCUGACGACGACUACAGCAAGCCGAGCAACUCCUACAACUAUGAUGCCGCAAGCGCAGGAGCAGCAACAGCUGCCGACAACACCAAUGGCAACGGCAACGGCAACGGCAGCGGGAACGGCAACGGCAGCGGCAGCGGCAACACAGCUGCUAACGCAGCUGCAGGAGCGCGCAAGAGCAGCAUCAGUAACGGUAGCGCCAGUCUCCUGCCCGAGCCAAGCCGCACUUAUGGACUCAACGAUAACGAUGACGAAAAUCUCAAGGACAACCUUGGCAUGGGCGAAAAGCAGCAGCAGCAACAGCAACAGCAGCAGCAGCAAGAGCAGGAGCAACAACGCGAGCGCCAGCGCGAACGCGAACGCGAGGAGCGAGAUCGGGAGCUGCAACAGCUGCGAGAGCAGCGUGAAAAGCGGGAACGGGAACGGGAGCGCGAGCAAUUGGAGCAGCAAGCGCAACUCAAUCGACGCUACAGCAAUGGCGAGCCGGAGCAACAGCAGCAACAGUCACAACCACAGUCACAGUCACAGUCACAGCUUGGCGAUGGGAACGUCACUAAUGCCGGCAGCGCCAAUCUGGCCGCCUACAAUACAGACUACAGCGCCUACGAUCAGCAGCAGUACGACGCCAGUGCCUACGAUCCCAGCGCCUAUGCCCAGCAGCCAUACGACGCCCAGCAGUAUGGCUACGAUGGCAACGCUGGCUACGACUACGGCGCCGCUGACUAUGGCCAGUCUGGGUAUCAGUAUGAGGCCACGUCAGACGCAGCCACAACCAACCAGCCGCAGUCCGAUCGCCACCGUCGACGGCGACGCCGCCAGUCGCAACGCCUCCAGCCGCUGCCGCAGCCGCAGCCGUCCCAGCUGCGAGCCGACCACAAUCGCGCCCGAGCAGCGGAACUGUGGGGUCAGCAACUGCAGCUGGAGCCCUCGCUGGCAGCAGCAGCAAAUCCGCUGUGCCACAACAGUCUGCCGCGCCAGCCACCGGCAAGAAGUAGCUGGAGUCCCGAGUCGACCGACCACACGCCAAUCGAUCCGCUGCUCUUGGAGUUCGGCAUUAGCAGCCCCAGUCUGAUGCGCUCCAGCGAUGCCUCCAACCUCGAAGACGAAUCCUGUGCCGACUUGGGCGAAACCUACAUCCUGCCGCUAGCUGACUCCGACGCCAGCCUCUCGCCGGCUCACACAACCAUUGUCACAGUGCGCAGAGCAAGUGCGCCGGCUUUGGUGCAGCGCGCCCAGGAUGUCAACGAGACCAUAACCAUUGAGGAGGAGCACUUGGAGCAUGACGAAACGGUGAUCAUUGAGCGUGACCACGAUCGUGACUAUCGCCCAUUCUAGUUGUGUAAGCACAAGUUUUCCAGUUCACUCCUCUAGGGAGACUUCCAAUAUUAUUCCACUCAUAUGUUUCGGAUUGGCCUUAACUUAAUAAAUAUUUACAUAUUUGAUAUUAACAUUUUGUAAUUACAACGAUUUCUAAUGCAAUAUAAAUAUA